AUGGCUCUGCGGUACUGCGUGCGUCGCUUCUCGACGGUGCCGACGCCGAUCAAGUCGCGCUUGGACUUCAAGGCGCUCGUCGCCGACGUCGACGCUGCUGUCCGCAACGUGGCUGUGCGCAAGAGCGGCGGCGAUCCGGCCCGCGUGGCGGCGCUCUACACGACCCACGCCCAGCAGACGCAGCACGUGAACCUGCUGCGCCAAGAGCGCAAUGCGCUCGCCAAGCAAGGCGCGGACGAGGCGGCGCGCCUUCGUGGCCGUGACAUCAAGCUCGAGAUUCAGGCGCUGGAGACGUCCCUGUCGCAGCUCACCGACGACAUGGAACGUGAGGCACUACUGCUGCCCAACCAAACGCACCCCGAGAGUCCGCUCGGGCCCGAAGAGAACUCGGUCGUCAAGCAUACGAUUGGCACCAAGCCGACGUUUUCGUUCCCGCCCAAGGACCACCUCGACCUCGCGACCGACCUCGACAUCCUCGAAAUGAACUCCAAGAUGGCCGGCUCGCGCUUCGCGACACUCAAGAACGACGGUGCGAUGCUAGAGCUGGCACUCGUGCAUUGGAGCAUGGCCAAAUUGCGCGCCAAGGGCUUUGUCGUGCACUUGCCGCCCGACGUCGCGCACGCGAGCAUCGUCGAGGGCUGCGGCUUCCAGCCCCGCGGCGAGGCCACACAAGUCUACUCGGUCGCCAACUCGGACUUGUGUCUCGUGGGCACGGCCGAGAUUCCGCUGGCGGCGCUCCACGCCGACUCGAUCCUCUCGACGGCCGAGCUCCCGCUCAAGGUCGCUGCCUUCGGCCACUGCUUCCGCACCGAGGUGGGCCACGGCGGCAAGGACACGCGUGGCCUCUACCGCAUCCAUCAGUUCAGCAAGGUCGAGAUGUUUGCCUACGGCACGCUCGACCACGCCGAGACGUUGAUGCAAGAGCUUCUCGACGUGCAGAUGGAGAUUGUCUCGGAGCUCGGGCUGCACGCGCAAGUGGUCGACAUGGCGACCGAGGACCUCGGGGCGCCGGCGUACCGCAAGUUUGAUAUCCUCGCCUACAUGCCGGGCCGCGGCAGCUACAACGAGAUCUCGAGCUUGAGCAACUGCACCGACUACCAAGCGCGGCGGCUCAACAUCCGCCACAAGGCCGAGGCGGAGAAGACGCAGUUCGUGGCGACCUUGAACGGCACGGCCUGUGCGAUCCCGCGGCUCAUCAUUAGCAUCCUCGAGACGUUCCAGGAGGCCGAUGGCUCGGUGCGCAUCCCGAACGUAUUGCGACCGUACUUUGGCGGCCUCGAGCGUCUGACCAAGCCGGCUCGAAAGACCAAGUAA